AUGACACGAGAACGCAAGUUUUUAGAGUACAUUGUGGAGUUGGGUAUGUUAUUUUCAUAAUCUUUUUUGGCAUUUUUGUUGAUGACGUUAAGUGAUGUUUAUAUUUUAGGUAUACGACUCGAAGCACGAACUCUGACCAUUAGCUAUGCCUGCGUUUACUAUCACAAGUGUCAUGAAAAGUUGCCGGAAGAGAUGUGUAGACAUGUAAGCUAAGGCUUUUUUUAUAUUGUACUUGAUGAUUUGUAGACAGUCGCCUCGACAUGUAUGUCGUUAGCGGCAAAAACAACAAAUGACAACAGAUUGAGACUGAAAUCGAUUGUUUCGGUUGCUUAUAGGUAAGAAGAACACUUUGUAUUGAUAAUUUUUAUCCAUUUUGGGCAAUUUUUUCAAGUAUAAUAUAAAAUUUUAGGAUUUUGCAUCCAGAACAGCCUCCCAUCCCUCUGAAUGAACUCGAAGCUGCCCUUAGACAGAGCCUAAUCGAUUUAGAACCAAUUGUGUUAAGGUUCCUCGGCUUUGACCUCACCGCCGAUCUCCCUCAUCAUCUCGUCUAUACGAUCUCAUCAAUUCUCAAGGACUUUUACUCAUCGAAAUUUGAAAAGUGCCCCAAGUAUGAUACCGUUGUGGCUACGUUGCUUCAAGACGUCUCAGUGGACCCUCAAUUCUUCUCGGAUCAUUCAAGUCUAACAGCAGCGCUGAUUAUUGUUGCCCUGGGAAUUCAAAUAGCCAAGGUGGAGAUCAAAGAAAGAGCUUGGGUGUCUUUAUUCAGCGAUUCUCUGAGCAUUUCCAGACUUCAACGGCUAAAGCGGAGGUUCGUCAAAUACGUUUACAAUCAGGAUGGAUAG